CAGCCGUCGGAUCUUUGAUCGUGUGGUCGCGAUUGUUUGGAGCGGAUUCGAACGGAAGCGGCUUCUACUGCUUCUUUUUGUUUUUGAUCGGCUUUUCCUCUGCUUCUGACGGUGUCGAGCGGCUUCUGCUCCGGAGCCAACCAACCAAAUAUAUACGUGGCCUUCCGAUUCUCCUUCCUGAUUCUUCCACUGGAAAAAAAAGUCGAGCCUCUCGCUCCCAACCCGACGGCGCGGGACGAGCGCCCCUCCCCCCGAUGCGGCGAUGUGGAGCCGGCGCGGCGGCGCUGAGGCGAGCACGCCCCCCUGGCGGCGGCGCUGGCCGAGCACCUCCCCUUCCCCGCCGUGGUGGCGUGGCGGCGCCCCACAGGCGAGUGCCCCGGCCCCAAGUUAAACAAAGGUUGCUUGGUAAUCGUGCAUCUGCAUCUAGGCAUGUAUUGUGUGAGAGGCAGGGGAAGAUCAAUGAAGCUUAUAAGAAGCUGCAGGAUGGAUGGCUGACAAUGGGCACGAAGUCCCUUCUGUUCAGUUUGCUAAGGUCGCUGGGUACCUCAAGGGCUCAUUUCUUGUUUACUGGACAGUUGAUAUAUUGUGGUACAACACAUCCUGCCUCAUAUCUUGCCAACUCUUCAAACUAUUAAUGAGUUUGUCAUUGGGCCAAUGAAAAUUCUUGGAUGCUCCAAAACAGCUCUUACUUUCCUUUUCUAUUCAUUAGACUAGGUGUCUUAUGUAAGAUGUUUUCUACUUACUCAUAUUGUAGUAUAUAUACCUAGCACAUUUUCUCCAUCGUUA